CACCCGCUUCUUUCAAGCAUCUCUUCUUCGUCUCGCUCUCGCUCUCGCUCUCGCUCGCGCCAUUGCCAACCUUGGAGCUCGAUCAAUGGAGGAAGGCCCAGUGGAGCUCGAUUUCUUUGCAUUGGAGAAGAAGGAACCAAUCCCUAUGGCUUCCCGUAGCUCCGUUCGUGGUCUCCAGGCCGCGAUCUCUCGAAUGAACCCUAAUAUCCUCCGAUCCGUCAUCGCCUCAGCUUCGAUCCCUUCUUCUCCGCCAGCAUCGGAGAGCCCUGCCGGCACAGCUCGGUUGACGAUCUUCUACAAUGGUACUGUCGCCGUGUUUGAUGUUCCGCAUGAUAAGGCGGAGAUGAUAAUUAGAAUGGCGGGUGAGGGAAAUGCUGCUGGGGUUCUGGAGGAUGGAGAUCUUCCACAUGCCCGGAGAAUUUCUCUGCGACGCUUCCUUGAGAAGCGGAAGGAAAGAUUGACUGCUGCUGUUCCAUAUGCAAGCAAACUGGGCGCCCAAUCCCUUGACCAUCUCACCUAUUAAUAAUAUGUCAUGAUUUAUAUUGGCGUUUAUUUGGUUAUAUUAAUUUUUGUUUUUUUUUUUCUUUCUCUUCGUUAUUGGCGACUUAUAUUACUCUAAUCAUACAUGCAAACAAAACAUUGUAGGGUCCAAAUGAAAGUUUGGGGUUCUAUGGA